CCAGGAUCGGAACAGAUGGCAGCAGUGCACCCGGCCUUUCUCGAGCCUCCAUCGUUUCCUCAUUUUCCUGGACCGCUCCGACCUGCUCGUGCGAACGUAUUUGUAGUGUCGCGAUACGACUUCCUCGAACUGCCUCGAACGUUCGACGCCAUGCUGAGACCUCUGCUGCUUCUGUGCUGGGUCGCGACGAUCAUGUCAGCUGACCUGGGGACUGCAACCAAUUCCAAUCCAACUGGCUUAAAUGAACAUAUGAAAUCAACUGUAGAGAUAAAGGAUCCAAACUUGUCUAUAUCUUCAAGUACGAAUGUGGGUUCAAAGCCAGAUGAUAAAUCGACAUCAACUCUAACUUUGAAUGCAGCUUCAACCCCUGAGCCAACUCCAAUAGAGACAACCCCACCACCCAAGAAGCCUUCGACUAAGCCACCCCCACCCCCACCUAUAACCUCUACGACAGCUCCUAACACAAGCACUGCUGCUCCUACAACACCAGCACCGACAACGCCAGCACCGACAACGCUAGCACCGACAACGCCAGCACCGACAACGCCGCUUCCUCCACCGAGUAGCGGGAGAUGGUCAUUUGCAGAGAACAAUACGUUGUGCAUAAUUGUUCAAAUGGCUGUGCAAUUCAAUUUUUCCUUUACCAAUGUUGAUAAUGUGACGAUUCACAAGGCGAUGGACAUACCCCUCAGCAGUAAUGUAACUACAGGAAAAUGUGGAAAAACCGAGCAGAACUUGACGUUGUCGUGGAAAUUGCAAAACAACACCGCCAUGAAUAACUUCACGAUUCAUUUCGUGAAGAAUGAGACAGAAAAAUAUUACUCUCUUCAUCACUUUGAGAUCUCUCUGGCAGCCACAGAAUUCCCGAAUGUUAAAUCAAAUAAGACGGUGACUCUGGUACAUGUUGCACCGUCUUUCAAAACUGGAUUAAGCAACUCGUACAGAUGUAUCAAAGAACAGCAAUUAAAUUUGACUCUUGAGGGUAAAAAUGUAACUGUAGGACUUCUGAAAGUAACCAAUUUACAGUUUCAAGCUUUCCGAGGUGAUAACUCUACUACUUUCGGCCUAGCCAAGGAUUGUUCGUUCGACACUCCUGAUAUUGUUCCCAUAACAGUGGGCUGUGCACUGGCGGGCUUGGUGGUAAUCGUAUUGAUCGCAUACCUUGUCGGCCGCAGACGAAGUCAGGCUCGCGGUUAUCUUAGCAUGUAAGGCGAGUUUCCGCGUGAGGUUUCCUUUUCUCCCCUAUCCCUCUUUUUUUAAAUCGUUAAACUGAUUUUUUUUAUUUGAUUCUCCGUUUUAACGGACUCGAUGAUCUUAUCGCGAGUCUAUGUAGUUGUACUUUGUGUUCUAUAGCCACGAGGGCUGUGACACAUGUUAAGAGGAAAAACAAAAAUAUAGUUUAUACAUUUGUAAAGUUAUCACGCCCAUGUGCGGCAAUAUUAGAAAAUAAAAAAAGAUACGUAUCGCAAGGCGGUUCAAAACUAAACAGGGUGGGUGAUGAUUUCGAAGCAACGUGCUCCGUUUCACAAGGGCAAAUACUCUCUAUUUCUCUCUCUAAUAAAUUAACAUAAUUAAAUCAUGAGAUCUGCAUUGGUAUCUGUAUGACGCUCCACUUUUAACUGACAGCAAGAAUCGUUUUUGAUUUUUCAUAAACACUGCAGCACGGAAUGAGAAUAAAGAUAAAAAUUCCGAUCAGUAUAUGUAUACUGUUGAAACCACACGUCAAAUAUCCGUGCGCUGAAUUCGCAGCCUCUUGUAACGAGAUACGUUAAUAAUGCGUAGUUUUCCUUAUCCAUUCUCUUUUGUUUUUUUUUGGUUUUUUUUUUUUAUAUUAAAGGAAUAAUAUCCUGAUUUUAAUUACCGUGAUACGAUACGCCUUUAUAUAUACAUACUUAAUACAUAUGUCGAUAUGUGUUUCCGUUACAUUCGUAUUCGAAUUCUUUUUAUUAAACUGUACUGUGAAGUAAAUAGCAGUUGUUUGUAUAGCCCUAGGUAUGCGUGCGUGAGUGUAUCAGAAAUAGUAUGAAGGAGCACGAGCUUCACCCGUCAAUGUUUGGGCUUCACUUUGAAUAAGCAUUAAAUAUUAUAAAUUAGACACUAUAAAUAGUGCAAUUUUUUUAGGUGUUAAAAAUUAUUAGCUUACAUCAAAUGAAUAAAGUAAAAAUUAACAUCAAAAGAACGAUAGCUCAAUUAAUAUAAUGUGCAAAAUUUUGGAAAAAUUUUGUUUCUCUGAUAAACGUUUAAAUAUAUUCAAUUUAAUAUAAAUUAUAUAGUCUCGUGAGAGAAAAGAUAUACCACCGCUUGUAGAAGCACUAAUGAUUUUCAGUGCAGAAAGCAUUUUAUGCGUUUUAUGCCGCUGUUGCUCUUGACAAUGAUCAUGUAAUUUUUUUGCUUCGUGUGGAAACGUGAAAGUGAUGAUUUUUGCAUUAACUUUAAAGGUAAAAAUUUUCACUUUCCACAUUUUUGUCCGAGAGAAAAUAUAUGAUCGCUCGAAGGCGUCUCGGCUUUUUAUCUAAUAUAGGAUAAUAUACGAGGCUUUGUGGUGUUUGUAUUAAAAAAAAAAAAAAAAAAGCAAAUGGGAUUUCAGAAUUUAAAAGGAGUUUUCGUGUGUGUACCGUGCUGCUUCAUAAGUACUAUAUUACGACAAGACUGAACGACGAGUAGUGAGAUGAAAGUGGAGGGCAAAAGUAAAGUAAAAAAAAUAUAUAUAACAAAUUAAAGUAAUUGAAUAAAGCGCUGUACAUAAAGAACAAAGUAGUAAUACUACUUUUGGAUUACGAGCAUGUAUUGCAGCUAGGAGCAAGAUCUACAUAUAUUAUCAACAAUAAAAUGAAAUAUUUCAAGGAUA